AUGAAUAAUAUCAUUAAAUAUCUUAUAUUUGUAAUGAUAUUCAUAUCUUGUACUCAAAUCAUAUGUUUUAAAAUACUUGACAUAACGUCAAUUGAUAUGAAUUUGAUUGAUGUUCAUAUGGAAGAUUUAUAUGGUAAUAUUUUGGUAGUGACAAUUAUUACAAAGUCCAAUAAUGAAAUCAAGUCUCUCAAAGAAAAAUUCGCUCAUAUAUGGUCUAAUUUAUCAUCAAAUGAAAAUCUUAAUGAAGUUAAAAUAUAUAAAUUAUACGGUGAACCUAGGUUACUAUAUAUCAUUACGACUUUUGAAAAUAAAAAUGUUAUAAAAUUUUAUAGUAAAAAAUUUAACAAAUGGUUAGAAGUGAAUUUGAAUGAUUUUAAUUCGGCCUUUAAAGCAUUUGAAACAACAAGGGUGUUUGAUUUGAAACCUGCUGUAGAUAUUGAUACUUUUAUGGCUCAAAGACAAUAUUUUUCUGGAGUUAGAGCAUACGUUUUCACUCCAUAUAAUGUUUUUGAUGUUGUUUUAGUUCAACAUGAUAGUCGGAUCAUCUGGUCAACAAAUGAUCCGGGUAAAAAAUGUAUUCGUAUUAUUGUCUACGGUGAAUUAGAUUCUCCAAAGCUGGUCCAAAUCAGUGUUUUGCAUAAUAGUAAUAUUCAUGGAUUUAAAACAGAUAUUCAAGGUGAAAGAAUAACUCAACAAAAAGAUAUCAUGAAGAUGCAUUUGAUAAACGAAUUUCAUAGAGGUGCGCGUCUUGCUAGGAAACGAGUUAGGAGAAUGGAAAUCGAAAAACAAGCAAAACAAACAGAGGCGACAGAAGAUAUAGGAGAUACUUCGACUAGUAAACGCAGAAAAGGACCAAUGAGAGAACUUAUCGAUGUUGGUGAUGGUGAAAUUGAAGGUGUUACACAGGAAGAACUGGAUGAAGAUGAUGAAGAUGGACUAGAACAAAUGACACAAAAGAAAUUAUAUUUAAAUGAAAAGAAAUUAUUAGAAAAUGAAAUAAUUGGGCUGAAAUUCGAAAUAAGUCAAAUCCAAGAACUUAUUGAGGUAGAGAAAAAACAAAUUAAAGAUAAAGAAGGGACUGAGGAGGAUAGUUCAGAUGAUGAUGAAUAUGAUGAGAGAGUUUAUGAUAAACAUUACCAGAAAAUGAUUGAGAUAGAAAAGAUUGAGAAAAAAAUAUACGAAUUAGAAAAUCAAAUAAGAUUAAAAAUAGGGGAAAUGGUGAGUAUGGAAGAGAAAUUAAGAAAAUUAGAGGAAGAUCCUGAUGGUUAUUUAAAACAACAAUUAAGUAAACUUUUAGAAAAGGAACGCGAUGCCAAAAUUUUGAGUAAUAAGAUUGAUAUGUUGAAUAGUGAAAUAAUUGAUUUAAGGCAUGUACUUGUUAAUGAACGAAUCUUGGAUCGUAGUGGAAGAGAUCCGAUUCUAAGUAGAACAAAACAAUAUGAGUAUUUAAUAAGAUCAAAAGAAAAGGAAAUAGAACCUUUGGAUAAGGCACUUAAUGUAAUAAAAUGUCAAAUAGAAAAACUAACUGGUCUAGAUAAUGAAUAUCAUUAUCCACAACCGCCAGAACCAUUAGUGUUAAGUUAUAGACUGUGGAUGGAUGGUAGAGUAAGACCAGAAAAGAGAAAAAGAUAUGAAUCUAUAAGAACGAUUGAAUUCGGAUUCGAUAAAACAACACAGGUCAAUAUAGAAUUAGAAACUCAACAAGUUAGUCGAUAUCAGCAACCAUAUGACCCAUAUCAGCAACCUUAUCAACCUUAUCAGGAACCUUAUCAACCUAUACCAGGAACUCAAUAUAUUGAAUUACAGCCAAUUCAACAACAAUAUUAUCCUGGAGCUCAAUAUCAACAUAUUCAACAACCGCAAUAUCAACAAAUUCCACAACCAUAUCAACCACAACCAGGACCUCAAUAUAUUGAAUUACAACCAAUACAACAACAAAUUCCACAACCAAUAGUAGAACAACCUGUAACACAAAUUCAACAGAAACAACCAGUACAAGAAACUCAACCUCAAGUGACAUAUAAACCGUAUAAACCUAGAAUACAAGGUUCACAAGGAAUGAGAAAACAAUCACAAACUCAAACUGAAGGUACAUCACAGCAAGAUGGAGUUGUAAAACAACCGAGAUUAUUUAGACCAUAUUUAGAUGAACCCUAUCAACCACAACAACAACAACCACAACAAGUUCAGCAUAUUCAACAACCAUAUCACCCAUAUCAGCAUCCUUAUCAACCUAUACCAGAACCUCAACAGCAACAACCAGAACUGGAGCCAGAUGUAGUGACUAUAAGUAUUUCUGAUGAUUCAGAUGAAGAUGCAGUACAAGAAACUCAAACUCAACCACAACAGCAACAAUAUCAUCCUUAUCAACAAACUCAACCACAACCACAGGCACCUCAACCGCCUCCAUAUCAACCAUAUCAACCAUUUCAACCAUAUCAGCCACCUCAACAACUUCAACAGCCUGAAAUUCUUCAAGAACUACUAACUCAUGAAACUAUACAGGAUCAAGACGAAUCCCCUAAAAGAAAACGUGGUAGACCACCUAUGAAACUUACAAAUCCUGAAUUAGAAGAUAGGAGAAGGAGAAGAAAUAUGAGAAGAAUGUGGAAAAAAAUGUGGAUAAAAAAUUCAUCAAGAAAAGAAGAAAAUAAUCAGUCGAAAAAAGGUUAUACUACAACAUACAAAUUUCCAGUUCCUCCUCAACCACUUAUGAAACCUGUUCUAGACCGUAAUGAACUAUAUAAUCAACUGGGUGGUGGAGAAGAAUGGGAAGAGAAUCAAGAAACGCGGAUUAGACCAUAUGAAAGAACGAAAAGACAAAAAAGAGAAUGGAUAGAAGAAAAAUAUUACAAAAUAACGGGAAAAGGAUGGAUAAGAAUAACUGUAUACGAAUUUAAAGAUAAAAUAGAAAAACUAAAGGAGGGGUAA